UAAUGCCAAAUUUCUUUCACGUCAAACCGCGACCGACUGCGUGGUGAACGAUCCGUGUUCCCGUACCAAAAAGCGGUCCAAAAGCCCCGUACAAGCGUCCGGAACUACUCGCAACCAGUGACCAGCGGACGGCACCAUGUCCCGGUAUAUGCAGCGGCCGGAAAAUGCCCUCAAAAGGGCCAACGAGUUCAUCGAGGUUGGCAAGCCAGCCCGAGCCCUGGACACGCUCCAGGAGGUGUUUCGCAUCAAGAAAUGGACGUACACCUGGUCGGAGGCCGUGAUCGAGCCAAUCAUGUUCAAGUAUCUGGAUCUGUGCGUGGAGCUGAAAAAGUCGCACAUCGCGAAGGAGGGCCUGUUCCAGUACCGGAACAUGUUCCAGAUGUUGAACGUGGGCUCGCUGGAGAAUGUGAUCCGCGGGUAUCUGAAGAUGGCGGAGGAGCGGACGGAGGCCGCCCAGCAGCAGUCUUCGCAAGCGAUUCUGGACAUUGACGAUUUGGACAAUUUGGCCACGCCGGAGUCGAUUCUGAUGAGUGCCGUGUGCGGUGAGGACGCGCAGGAUCGUUCGGAUCGGACGAUUUUGCUGCCGUGGGUCAAGUUUUUGUGGGAGAGUUAUGGGCAGUGUUUGGAGCUGUUGAAGGUCAACUCGCACUGCGAGAAUUUGUACCACGACAUUGCCAAGAUGGCAUUUGCGUUCUGUCUGAAGUACAACCGUAAGAUGGAGUUCCGCAAGUUGUGCGAGAAGCUGCGCAAGCACUUGGACGACAUCAGCAAGGUGAGCUCGCAGACGGCCAACGUGAGCAUCUCGAAGCCGGAGACGCAGCAGCUGAACUUGGACACGCGUCUAAACCAGCUGGAUUGCGCCAUCCAGAUGGAGCUGUGGCUGGAGGCUUACAAGGCCAUCGAGGAUAUUCAUGGGUUGAUGACGCUGUCGAAGAAGACGCCGAUGCCCAAGACGAUGGCGUUGUAUUACCAGAAGUUGGCUAUGGUCUUCUGGAAGGCCGGCAAUCAGCUGUUCCACGCCGCGGCUCUGCUCAAGCUGUUCCAGCUGUCCCGUGACAUGAAGAAGAACGUCACCCAGGAGGAAAUCCAACGCAUGACGUCGCACGUGUUGAUUGCCACUCUGGCGAUUCCGCUUCCGUCGGCCCAUCCGGAGUUUGAUCGGUUCAUCGAGACGGACAAGAGUCCGCUGGAGAAGGCCCAAAAGUUGGCCGUCCUGCUCGGUCUGCAGCAGCCGCCGUCUCGUGUGUCCCUGCUGAAGGAGGUCCUCCGUCUGAACGUGCUGCAGCUGGCCGCUCCUCAGUUCCAGAACCUGUACAAAUGGCUCGAGGUUGAGUUCGACCCGUUAAACCUGUGCUCUCGCGUCCAGGGCGUCAUCGAGGAGAUCACCGCCGAUGAGAACAGUCCGUAUACUCAGUACACGCAGGCCCUGCAGGACGUCACGUUGGUGCGCCUCGUUCGCCAAGUGUCCCAGGUCUACCAAUCGAUCGAGUUCUCGCGCUUCCUGUCGCUGGCCAAGUUCGCCAACAGCUUCUACCUGGAGCGCAUCCUCGUCGACUGUGUCCGCCACAACGACAUGCAAAUUACGAUCGAUCAUCGCAACCACUCGGUCCACUUUGGCACCGACCUGAGCGAGAGUCAGCGCGAGGAUCACCCGGACGGGCCGACGCUGCAGUCGAUGCCCUCGGAGCAGGUCCGUUCGCAGCUGGUCAACAUGUCGGUUGUGCUGCACCGCGCCAUCGCCACGAUCAACCCGAACCGCAAGAAGGCCGACCGCGAACGUCUGCGCAACCAGAUGGUCAAGAACUACGAGGAGAACAUGGUCAAGGACCACCAGCGCAUUCUGCAGCGCCAGAAGAAGAUCGAAGACCGCAAGGAGUACAUCGAGCGGGUCAACCUGGAGCGCGAAGAGCUGGAACAGCGCCAACUGGAGGAAGCUGCCCGUCAGCAGAAGCUCGCCGAAAUGCGCCGGCUGGAGCAGGAGAACGAAGAACGCGAACGCAAACGCCACGAAAACGAAAUCCAGAUGAUCAAGGAACGCAACAUGAAGGACAAGAUCGACCAGAUCAAGCAGUCUGCAAGCGGACAGAAGCUGCUCAAGAAGAUCGACGAGGAGGACAUCAAGAAGAUGAACGCCGAGGAGAUCGCCGCCAAGGAGGCUGAAGAGCGCCAAAAGGAACGCAAGGCCCACGACAACAAUCUCAAGUCGCAGGAGAAGAAGAUCGACUACUUUGAGCGUGCCAAGCGCCUCGAGGAGAUCCCGCUGAUCGAGAAGUACCUCGAGGACAAACUGGUCCAGGACAAGGAGUUCUGGGAGAAGCAGGAAGCGUCCCGCAUCGAAGCGGCCAUCGCCGAGCGCAAGAACGCCGAACAGGUGCAGGAACGGCUCCGUCGCAUGCAGGCCGACCGGGACGUGUUCUGGCAGAAGCUCAAGGGAGAACGCUCGAACGCGUUCGCCGAGAAGCUCAAGGUGUUCAACGCCGCCCUGGAGGAGGAACGUCGCCGCCGGUUGGCCGAACGCGUCAUCCAGCGUCGCGAGGAACGGCGCCAAAAGUGGCUGCGCGAAAAGGAAGAGGAACGUCGCCGCAUCGAGGAGGAACUGCGCAAGCAGCGUGAAGAGGAGGAACGCAUCGAGCGGGAGCGACGCGCCGAAGAGCGACGUAUCGAGAACGAGAAGCAGCGCGUCAUCAUGGAGAAGCAACGCGCCAAGGAGGAGGAAAUCGAGCGCAAGCUCGCCGAAGAGAAGGAACGCCUCAAGGAGCGUGCCCCGCGGGGUGAAAAGGAAGAACGCGGUGGUGGCGGCGGUGGAGGUGGCGCUUGGAGAGGUCGCGGUGAUACCGCAGCCCCCGCCGAGUCCACCGCCAAACCCGAAUCCGACUGGAGAAACGCUCGCGAGGCACGCGAACCGGCUCCGGAAUCGGCGGGCGCUUCUUCCGCUGCCGCUCCCGCCCCCAAGAAGGACGGAGUGUGGCAACCUUCGGGCCGCUUCCGGGAGGGUCGUGGAGCGCCAGGAGCUGAUCGGCCACCACGCGGCGAUGAUCGCGAACCGCCGGCGGCAGCGGCCGGCGAAAGCAAAUGGCGUCGGGGCGGCGGCGGUGCCGAUGACGACAAGGACGACGGGCCGCGUCCGCGCGUUGGAGCCGGCGAUCGUGGCCCGAUGCGACGCGGCGAUGGUGAUCGCGACGAUCGUGGACCGAUGCGACGCGGCGAUCGGCCACCGAUGCGCGAUGGCGACCGUCCGGGAAUGCGUCGCGACGACCGGGGUGAUCGCCGCGAGGGAGGCGCACCGGAUCGGCGUGACUUUGGCGGCCGUGGCGGAGAUCGCCGCGACGAUCGUCGGGAUGAUCGUGGUCCGAGGCGCGAAGGAGGAGGCGAACGCGGUGGAGACGUGUGGCGUCGGGCUCCGCAGGAGGAUCGUCGGGGUGGUGCUGCGGGAGGCGAAUCCGGUGGCAACUGGAGAAACGCUCGCCAGGCGGAGCCGGCCAAGCCAAGGGAGGAACGCCGUGGUGGCGAGGAACGGCCCAAGGAAGCCCGUGCCGCCGCCGGCCCGGAUGAGGACGGCUGGACGGAUGUGAAGCACCAUCGUUAAAAAACAAGUCCAACUGACGGUAAAUCAAACAUGAAACACAAGUUUUUUUUUCUUCAA